UUUACACACAUUUUCCUGAGGUCGAUACCCGAGGAGAGAGACGACCUUUGUUUUCAGUCGUUCAUGCUGGUGACUACAUGGAACAGACUCCAGUCACAAUCUCCUAGUUGAUACAAUUCUCGGGUUAUCAUUAUACCCACGUCCAAAGGGGGAACGUCACGAUGCCCAAGGCAACAUCCUCUCGCUCCGCUGCUGCCCGCCGGCAUAAUCCUCUAGCUGAGGAUUAUCUGACUGCCGGCCAUCUGAGGACCCAAUCGAGCAAAAAGUCCAGUCGGAAGCCUCACCGGGAAGAAGAUCAAGAAGAUGGAGAACGCUUCAUUGAUGCGAAAAUGUCCCGGAAGAUCUUGCAAAUUGGACAGGAAUUGGCUGAAGAAGAUGCCGCAGAGCAACGGGCUGCAACAGGGGGAACGACAGACAAGAUAAAUUCAGCCUUCGAUUUUGAAUCUCGGUUGGAAGAUGAGGAGGUUGUGUCGGACGACGAAAAAUUCCAAGAUGAUCAAUGGGACGAUGAAGAGGAAAUCGAGGAAGUGGAGGUCGAUCCGGAUGACCUUGAUAUGUUCCACAAGUUCGUUCCUGGGGGCGACGAAGACCCGAUAUUCAACCCUAGUGGACGGGAUACUGAGGGUCAGACCACGAACCUUGCCGAUCUUAUCCUAGAAAAAAUCGCAGAGCAUGAAGCGAAGCAAGCUGGAGAUGGCGCACCUUUCAUUCAGGGUGGGGGGUUGCCGGAAGAUGCUGUUCAGAUACCAGCGAAAGCGGUGGAAGUAUACGAAAAGGUUGGCAUGAUUCUUUCUCGCUACAAGUCUGGGCCUCUUCCCAAACCCUUUAAGAUCCUGCCUUCUGUGCCCAAUUGGCCCACUCUUCUAGAUAUCACACGGCCAGAGUCUUGGACAGCCAAUGCUGUUUAUGCCGGUACCAGGAUCUUUAUUUCAUCGAAGCCAGCAGUUGCCCAGGAAUUCAUCUCGACAGUUCUGCUGGAUCGUGUCCGUGAGGAGAUCCAUGAAACCAAAAAGCUCAAUGUCCACACCUACAACGCAUUGAAGAAAGCACUGUAUAAGCCCGCCUGCUUUUUCAAGGGUCUACUUUUCCCGUUGGUUUCAAGUGGAACCUGCACACUUCGAGAGGCUCACAUUGUCUCCUCGGUUAUUGCACGUGUCUCAAUUCCUGUCUUGCACUCUGCUGCCGCAUUACUCCGCAUGUGUGAUCUUGCUGCUGAGCAGUCAUUGCGCUCCCUGGAAAGCACUGGUGCAGUGAACAUGUUCAUUCGCAUCUUCCUAGAGAAGAAAUAUGCACUUCCUUAUAAGGUCAUUGACGCUCUUGUUUUCCAUUUCCUUCGCUUCCGUGCUAGCGACGGAGCUGAGGAUUCCAUGAUGACCGAUGGACCUUCUCGUGAACCCAACAAGGCCUACAAGCUUCCUGUUCUCUGGCACCAGUCCCUACUGGUUUUUGCACAACGCUACCGCAAUGACAUCACUGAGGAUCAGCGAGAGGCACUCUUGGACCUGCUUUUGGUCCGCGGCCACAAGGAUAUCGGACCCGAGGUCAGACGGGAAUUGCUAGCAGGCAGAGGGCGAGGUGUGGUCGCACCGGAUCCAGAGAACCAAGGUGCUAUUGAUGCCGGCGAUGAUACGAUGGAUUUCACGUUAUAGAUGAAAUGCUGCGGGACCAGUUUGGAGGUGUCUCGAGUGACUCCAAAACCUGCAUCUUGCUAUGAUUCAAUCACGACUCGUGACUGGCAUGGGCGUUAUUAUUGGGCUAUUGAAUUAUCAUUCCUGUUUUCUUUUUCCUUCGCCGGCAUAUAUUAUUCCCACAGUUACACCUACAUUUGGCGAGUUGUCCUCAGUUUAUGGGCAUGUUAUGUGAGAAAGAUGGACCCGAUUACUCCGUACAUUAAAUGAGGAUAAAAGCAUGUCGUACCCCACUCCUACGUUCCCAGCGCCUUACAACAAAAAUGAUAAAGGGGGCCGCCCCAAUCUGACAAGGGGGUUAAAGCGGCCGCCGCUGACUGCGGCUGCUGUCUCUCUUUAGCUAUGUAAGAGCAACAAGCGGAGUUCUGUUAACAUCAUGGAUGAUCUAAGAGGUUACUGUGGUAUUGAGAGAAGGGUAUAGGUACUCCGUACCCUGUAUACCUAGCAGUCG